GCGGGCUUCUCAAACAGUCAGACAGGAAAUUUCAAAACAGGUUUCCUCUCCCACCUCAGCGCAAGACCCGGCCGCGCUCCCCGCCGCUGAGGCGGACCGGCGAGACCUGCCUUCGGAGAGGCGCGGGGCGCAUGGCCGGCCGGCGCUGCGCAGGGCCCGGGGCGCCUGCCGGGCUACCUGGGGGCCGACGCGGGCUGACCCCGAGGCCCCCGCCGCGGGUGGACACUUUCUGAUCCCCCCUCCGAGACCCUGGGCGGAGCCUGACCCCUCGCUCCAGCCUCCAGAGUGGCCGGGAUCGCAGGCGUGUGUGCCACCCACUGAGCCCCGCUGGGCACAUCUUGGAUCCAAGAGAAAGCACCUGAACUCAUGCCCUUGGUCCCCAGAAAAGUGGUCCCUGGGUCCUGCCCUUUGGAUUUAUUGCUUUGGGAACCUUCGGAGCCGGCGUGCAGCCCGAGCGAGCCCCGUGCGCGUCCUGCGACGAUGAGCGCGCCGCCCGGGGCAUGAUGGGCCUGGCGGACAUGAACGUGACCGGCCCGGACAACGCCACGCUGCAGAUGCUGCAGAACCGGGCCAUCGUGGUGGCGCUGCCCGUGGUCUACUCGCUGGUGGCGCUGGUGAGCAUCCCGGGCAACCUCUUCUCGCUGUGGGUGCUGUGCCGCCACAUCGGGCCCAAGUCGCCGUCGGUCAUCUUCAUGAUCAACCUGAGCGUGACGGACCUCAUGCUGGCCAGCGUGCUGCCCUUCCAGAUCUACUACCACUGCAACGGACACCACUGGGUCUUCGGCGUGCUGCUCUGCAACGUGGUCACCGUGGCCUUCUACGCCAACAUGUACUCCAGCAUCCUGACCAUGACCUGCAUCAGCGUCGAGCGCUUCCUGGGCGUCGUCUACCCGCUGGGCUCCGCGCGCUGGCGCCGCCGCCGCUACGCCGUGGCCGCCUGCGCCGGCACCUGGCUGCUGCUGCUGGCCGCGCUCUUCCCGCUGGCGCGCACCGACCUCACCUACGCCGUGGACGCGCUGGGUAUCGUCACCUGCUUCGACGUGCUCAAGUGGACCAUGCUGCCCAGCGUGGCCAUGUGGGCCAUCUUCCUCUUCACCAUCUUCGUGCUCCUCUUCCUCAUCCCCUUCGUGGUCACCGUGGCCUGCUACACGGCCACCAUCACCAAGCUGCUGCAGGCGCCCGCCGGCCAGGGCCGCGGCCAGCGGCGGCGCGCCGUGUGCCUGGCGGCCGUGGUGCUACUGGCCUUCGUCACCUGCUUCGCGCCCAACAACUUCGUGCUGCUGGUGCACAUGGUCAGCCGGCUCUUCUUCGGCCGCAGCUACUACCACGUGUACAAGCUCACGCUCUGUCUCAGCUGCCUCAACAACUGCCUGGACCCCUUCGUCUACUACUUCGCCUCGCGCGAGUUCCAGCUGCGCCUGCGCGACUACCUGGGCUACGGCCGCCUGCCCAGCGACAGCCUGGACACGCGCAGGGACAGCCUCUUCUCGGCCAGGACGCUGUCGGCACGCUCCAUGUCCGCCGGCCACGGCGACGACGCGCCCCAGGGCGCGGGGCGGCCCUGCCUGAAGAGGCAGGAGAGCGUCUUCUGACCCGCGCCCCGGCGGAGGCGUGGCCUUUGGAGGAAGACGCCCCCUGCGCUCCGAGCGCCCUGCGCGCCUGGCUUCCAGGGAGACUCCAGGCAGGACCUGCAGAGCCGGCUCCCCAGGAGGUUCGCAGGGAGCAGACGGAGCUCCCGCAUCUGCCACCUGGCAGCUUCCAGAAGGUCAGGGAGGGCGCAACCAAGCUCGGCAGCGCUGGGCACAGCCGCUUUUCUGCAGAUGGCGACGCUGCCUGCACCCGGGAAGCACCGGCCCCUUAAGGAUAUUCUUGGUUCCCCCCAGGGGCUGUGCAUUCAGCCGGCUCAGCGCACCUGUGUCCCUGCCCCCCACUGCACUGUCCUGAAGGUGCUGGAGACUUCUCAGCCACCUUGACCUCCUCUGCACCAAGACCUCCUCUGCGCCACGACCUCCUCUGCGCCACGACCUCCUCUGCGCCAAGACCUCUUCUGGGGACCAGGCCCUGCGAAGGAAGAAGAGACUACACAAAGCUGCCUGAGCGCCCCCUCCCCUCCAGAGCCCCCUCAGCACCUGCCAGCCGGGCAGGCCUGUGCACAGGGGCUCCGCCUCAUAGCUGUGCUGGCUUGGAGACCAGAGGAGCCCCCAUCCCUGAGGCAUGUAGAAGUCCCACCUGCCGGCUCCAAGCAGCUGCACACUGGGUUGACGCAGUCGGUGCGUGUCCUGAAGCUGGAUUCCAGGCGCCCUCGGGGGAAUCUGGACACUGCAAGAGCAGAGCUGAGCAGGAGCCUCCCCAUGAGAGCGUCUCAGUAGCCUCCUCCCCAUGCCCACGGGAGGUGGAGACUGCACCCUGCUGUCCAGGGGCUUUCCUGGUGCACAGAUCCUCUGCCUCAGACGUCUUGCAAGGAAAACAGAAAUGUCUGCUUUGGGGCAGCAGUCCUCCAAGCCUCAGGGCUCCUGGGACUUCACACUAGGACCUUACCUGGACACGGCUCUCUGCAGAGGCAGUGAGUGCCACGUGGAGACCGAGGCAGAGGCUGGAGGGCUGGGGCCACCAGCCCAGGGCCGCCUGGAGCCCAGGAGCUGGAGAGGUGGGAAGGAGCCUCCUGGAGCCCGUGGAGGGGCUCAGCCCUGGGACCCUGACCCCAGCCUCUGCUCCCCAGGAAGGGGGACCUGGAUUCCUGCUGUUUUAGCCCCGGUUUGUUGGAACCACACAAUCAAGGGAGGGCAUCUUCAUAUUCAAGCCACUCUGAAAUCCAACGGAUGUGACGCUGGCAGACAUAAUGUCCUGGUUCCUCAGUGGGGGACUUUGGGAGGCCCACCUUGGCCUGCGCUGGUCCCAGGGGGCCUGAUUCAUGGACCCCCAUUCAGGGAGCCCCCUGGGAGAAUCCCGGACACACAGCAACACCAUCCACACCCAAAGUUCCCGGGACCUGGAUCCCUGACACACUGUCAUCUCCAUCCUGGGGAGUGAACCUGGCAAAUGCCACAAUCUCAUCUUUUCAGGCCAAAAUCCAGAGCUUCCCCCUGGGGGAAGGAGUUGGCUCCUGACCCAGCUGGAGCUCCCGACACCUUCUGCUCCUCCUGAGGAUGAUCCUGUGGGUCACAGUGGACCAAGACCUCCGCUGAGACCACCUCGGCUUUUCCUGGCUGUCCCAGAGCAGAAUCUAGAAUGCAACCUGAGCCAGAAACUUCAAGGGUGGAAACCCUGAGCCAGCAAAAAUGCUCCGUGGUGACUCGGGCCACCUCCCAGCAUGGACCGUGGGUGCCUGAGAAGCGAAGAAAACGGAUGAAAAACCUCAACCCACCAACUCAUGGCAAAGCUCCGGGUACCCCAAGCUGCAGUGAAGAAUUGAAGACACAGAGAAUGUGGCAGGGCUGUCCGGCCGGCUUCUGUACCCAGGAGGACAGGAGCCCUGUGGACCCUGCGGAGAGAGGAUGCUUCCAGCUGAGGGCAGGUCAGCUUGCUCUGCACCAUCAGGGCUGCUGACCCCGCUUCGCCUGCCGAUGAACCGCUUCGCGCUUCGCGUUUCGCGUUUCGCACUUCGCGAUUCGCCUGCAGAUGAACCGCGGCGGCUGCCCAGGCACGGAGUCAGAAGCCGGGCGUCACGAGGUCCAGGGGUGGCAACCUGGGAUUCCAGGGCCGCGCGUGUCUUUUCGCUGAGCGUUUUCGUGACAUUCAUGGAACCUGGCCCCGUUGGACCCGGUUCCGGAGGCUCGGACAACUCGGAUAACAGGCGGAGGUCCGGUCCGCCACGGAGAGUCCGUUUCUGUCGUGCGGACCCGCGGACGCUUAUUUUUGGAGGGGCACCGGGCAUGGAUCUCGGGGACGCUCGGCCCCUGAGCCCCCUCCCCAGCCCUGUUUUGCAUCGUGUGUGGAGACCGGGUCUCGCCCCAGCUGCUGGGGACCUCGCUUGGGCUGAGCCUGGCUCCGAACUCGCCGUCCUCCUGCCUCACGCUUUUUGACAGUGCGAUUUUCUCCCCAAAGCAUCAAAGAUGGACCAAGAAGAGAGAAUGCCCCAGUUCGCCGGCCACGUGGGAAUGACUCAGGGGACUUCCAGCGUGGACCCCCAGCCAUGGACCUCCCUCCCCGUGUCCAUCACUUCCGAUGACCUUUGGACAGCUGUGUGGCUCAGGGGUGCCACGGAGGGUCCUCCGGAUGCCUCCAGGGCUGGAGGAGGAGGCUGCUGAGGAGGACCGAGGCUGCACAAGGGUAUUAGGUUGUCCUCAGAUGCAAGUGGCCAGGACCCCCGGGAAAAGCCCUGCCCCUGGAUGAGCAGGGCAGACACGGGGCGCCUUUCAAAGGAACCAGCAGAGCCAGAGAGAGCUAAAGGGACGCGUCCGAGGUCCCAGACGCACAGAGUGGCAAAGCCAGGCUGCUGUGGACCCCAGUUCCAGCGCCCCCAGGAGACCUGGGCUGGAGUGUCAUUUUGAUCCAAAGCCCAUGGAAAGUGCACCCUGCAAGGUCUCCAAGACCCUCCGCCGUUCUUCUUAUUUUCUGCUUGUUUGGUUGACCUUGUGGAGUCACCGGAAGCAAAGAUGUCCCCCCAGGAAGACAAGCAGCAAAGCAACCGGAGCAACCCGGGAACCGACUGGCAGCCAGCGGCGUUCCGGCCGGAUCCUGCAGGAGCUGGGAGACGGCGGGAAUCUGAGCCAGUUCCCGACCCACCCAGGACGUGUCUUUGGACCAGUGUGGGUUUCUUGGUUCUGGGGGAAGGGACCCCGGUGACGUGCUCUGUUCCUACAGGGAAGGUCGUUUGUGGGGCUCUCCGUACCAUCUUCGGGUCUUCUCUGUGAACCUAAAACCAUUGUAAAAUAGUCUGUUUUUCAAAAAAAAAAAAAAAAAAAAAAAUUGAAGUGCUCAACUCAUCUGUACCACGGAGUAGCUAGGAGUCUUGGGGGCUCUGCAGUCAACGCUGGCCCCAUCCAGUAUUCACAGGUGGCUGAGCUGCAGAUGCUUAGUACCUUCGUGCUGCUGUGACCAAACCCCCCAGCCCGGGGCUGAUGGACCCCAGACCUGACCGCUCUCAGCUCCACAGGCUGCAGCCCAGGUCCAGGCGGGGCAGACUCGGGGCUGCUGAGGCUGCUUCCUGCUCACAGAUGGCGCUGCUCCUGGUCCUCACAGGGUGGACGGGCAGGGGGCUCUCUGGUCUCUGUAGAAGGACCCUGGUCCCCUUCCUGGGCUGCACCCAUGAGCUCAGCCCCUCCCAGAGCCCCACCUCCCACACCAGCACCUGGUGAGGACUCAGCACAGGAACUUGGGGGGCAGGAGGACACAUUUGACCCCAUUUCUGAUGUGCAAG